UAAGGGCAGCACAACGGCUUUGUGCUUCCCUUAUGAUGCCUGGGUUAACGGAGCUUUCGGCCGCGGGGUUUCUAUUCUACUUGGCGAUACAUUUGUCAUUGCUAUGGGGCUGCCAAUCUCUCAUAAGCUUGAUCGCAUCUGUCAUAAACGCCAUUUUGACGUAACGCAACAGCAGAUGGUACCAUAAAGCAAGCUGCUGAAAUUCAUUCAUCACAUACGCCACCACCACCGACGAAAGUACCGUGCGUGCAUACGAGGAGAGUACGACAAACUUUACUGCGGUGUUUUGUCGGUGGAUUCGGUUUUUAGUUUUCUGUUCCGUUUCCCGUUUUCCCGCCUUAUUCAUCGCUACGGUGCCGCUUUUCUGGUGUACCUACAACGCCAACCACCGAUCCUUCUUCCUGAUUUUCCACCGCUCGGAACAUUGUCGGUAUCCGGUAGAACACAAGUGCUAGACCGCAACACCAACUGUUUGCUACUGUGAAAACUCAGUUUGCUGCAUUCUGCACAGUUGUACCCUUGUCGGAAGAUUUCAUCAGCAGCGGAAAUCCUGAAGUACAUCGCUAGAUGGCUGACCCUGUUAAGCUGUCCCAUCGUACCCGGAAACGCGUCCGGGAAGUAAAGCGUAAAGCGAGGCCUGAACUAUCGGACAAAUCGGCAUGGGUACAGCUGGGCUACCAUGAAGCGUUCGAGCCCUUCAGCCAGUUCGAAGACAACGUGGAGCGUAUUCACGUCAACAAGGUGAGCCCGCGGGAAUUUAUCGAGCGCUUCGAGCGCAUCUACCUACCCGUCGUCAUAGAAGGUAUGCAGGACGGUUGGAAGGCUGGUCACAAGUGGACGUUGGAGCGACUCGCGAAGAAGUAUCGCAAUCAGAAGUUUAAAUGUGGCGAAGACAAUGAUGGUUACAGCGUUAAGAUGAAGAUGAAGUAUUACGUGGAAUACAUGCGUAGCACCACGGACGAUAGCCCACUGUACAUAUUCGACAGCAGUUUUGGUGAGCAUCACCGACGCAGAAAGUUCAUAAACUCCAUUUAAAAAAAUUAAUUUUCAAAGCUUCAGUGUUGCGCUCAGUAGAUGGCGCUUUUUCACUAUCGAAAGCUAAAUGAUCGAGAUUGUUUCUGCUAUCCUCCGUUUACAUGAAGAUUUGCAAGAAGCAAACCUCUUGGCAUGAGAAUUACGCGAUGCGCAACCCGCAACGCAACGUAACGCGUAAUGAGAGGUGCGCGAGUUUGAGCCUUUGCGUGUUUGUGCAUAUAUGUUUUUGUGUGUGUUCUUGAAACAUGUUUCCGAUCGCACACGCAUGACAAAAAGAACUUUUUCACAAUUCCAAUAAGAACGGAAGUUUUGAGGAAGAGAUCUAAAAUAUGCACAAAUCUCUUUUAACAACGGUACGAAGAGAGUUCUGAACACUCUCAAACGUUUUGUUACUACUACUUGUCAUUGGAAGUAUCACACGGCAUCACAGACCUAGUUGUAUCGCUUCGAGCUAGCGAACGAGUGCCUUUGGAACAAAUCCACAACUAAAGCCAUAGAACAUAAAAACAUCUCUACCCUUCCACGCACUUCAAAGAUUCUUGAGCUAAGUCCAAAGUUAAGAGAAUAGAAGAGAGCAAUAAGCAAGGGGAGAGUCGAAAACGUAAAGAAUGGCGAACGCAUUGUGUGUAGCUUUUUACUUCUGUGAUGAGCUUGUAACAUCUUAUCUUUUUCACAAACCUCAGCUCAGUCUUUUAACCCCUGCCAAACGUGGUCGUUUUACAUUCUAUUUAGACUCAAGCUUUAGUCUAAACGACCCCGUUCAGAAGUCGUUUAAGCAAUUUGUGGCACUUGGGUGUUGUCGUUUUCAGCUUGUCAUUCGCGGUCGAAUUUUUCCUUACCCGCUAAGCUUUUCGACAACAUAAGCUACGAAGUUUUGACGCAUUUAGAUCGAUAUUUACCGAAAUAUCGAAUUAUUUGUGCCGAGCUCAAAACAUUUCGUCAGAUUAGCUUUGUGCCGAUAGUUCGGCAGUUCUGAGAUUUAGCAAACUAGAGCUUAAAAAAAUGGAGUUUCGAUUUUUAUGAACAAUAAAAUUAAUUUAAAAUUUAUUCAAAUUCAAAUUCAUCGAUAAUUUAAAAAUCCAAUAAAUAAAUAAAUAAUUUAUUUUUUCACUUUAAAGGCUGCCGAAAAUAGGUACAUGGAAAAUGUUGAGAGUAUAAAAGAGUAUAAAAUUGUUUAAAAUAUUUUUCUUUAACUAAAUACACCUUUUCGAGUGUUUCAAAUCGUCUAUUCGUGAUGCCGAAAGUAAGAACACAGCCCAAAAUAGGAGCAAAACCAAUGUUUGCAUUUUUACUAAUAUUUCUACAAAAUUGGGUUUAAUCAAUAAAUCAUGUAUGCUGAAACAUUCUUUGAUAGUUUUACAACCAAAAUAAUACCACCUUCAAUAAAAAUUAUUGAGUUCAAUAA